AUGGAGUUAUGCUAUGCUGACUCUGGACAACCACAAACAACGAACAUUAUACCAACCAAAUCUGAGAAAAUUGAAGUUCCGCUUACUAAUCUUGCGGCUUCCCAAGAGAUUUCUGUACCAGCAAAAAAAGAAUCUUCCCCAUUUCAAAACUUAACAACAAACAUGCCUCCGCAAAGUUCUCUUACACUAUCGAAUGGAGAUGCGGACCGAAAUCGUGAACGCAGAGGUGGCACCUCUAGACACCGUCAUUCUAUCUCUCGUAGUAAAACACGUAGUCGAAGUCCAAGGCGAUCUCGUACCUCUAGAAAGCACAGACGUCGUUCACUCUCUCGAAGUUCUUCAAGCAGAAGCCGCUCUCGAGAAUAUAAGAGUCUAGAAGCCCUAUCCGAAGUCGCGAUAGAAGUCGAGGAAGGAGGAGAAUUAGUCGAACCUGAUCCUAGUCAUGUAUUGGGAGUUUUUAAUCUAAGUCUUAGGACUACAGAAAAAGAUUUACAAGCUAUCUUUGAACGUUAUGGACGGGUUAAUCAAGUUACUAUUGUUUAUGAUCAUCGGAGUGAUCGUUCCCGUGGUUUUGGGUUUGUCUACAUGAAUUCAGUUGAAGAGGCAUCCAUUGCUAAAGACAAAACGAACGGGAUGGAAGUUAAUGGUAGAAACAUGCGUGUAGAUUAUUCUUUAACUCAGAGACCGCAUACACCUACUCCUGGUGAAUAUAUGGGUGAUAGGCCUUCGCGUUAUCGUGUCGAAGUUGGUCAAGAGGACGAAGAAGAUCCCGCAGCCUUAGUCAUUCGCGUAAAAGAAGGUCGCAUAGCAGAAGAUCUCAUUCUUAACAUUAUUGCAAUGUUUCCACUUUCUUUAGAGCCUCAGGGAACUCAUGGAAUGCGAAAAUCAAGAACUUCGAAAAAGAAACGAACCUGCAUAAGAAGAGAAAAACUUCAAGUACAUUGA